UGUAUACUUUGAUGCUCCAGGCUCUUUCACAGUGUGAGUCCACGUUAACUGGGUUGGGACUGGUCAGAGAAGCUGUGGACGAUACUGCUGGUGCAGCCAAGCAUGUUGCUUUCCAUAAACUCAAGGAUGCUGGAGCAGUUGCCAGCAAGAUUGCUGCAAGCAUUUAUGGUUUGAACAUACUUGCUGAAGACAUACAGGAUGAUUCUGAUAAUGUCACCCGCUUUCUUAUGCUGGCUAGGGAACCUAUUAUACCGGGAAUUGAUAAACCUUUCAAGACAAGUAUAGUCUUCUCACUUGAGGAAGGUCCAGGGAUGCUUUUCAAAGCACUUGCUGUUUUCGCCAUGAGGAAUGUUAACCUUACAAAGAUUGAAAGCCGUCCAUUGCAGAAGCAGACUUUGCCAACACUUGAUGACGGUACCAAUGGAUUUCCCAAAUAUUUCCCGUAUCUUUUCUAUGUUGAUUUUGAAGCAUCCAUGGCUGACCAAAGAGCCCAAAAUGCUCUUGGUCAUCUGAAGGAGUUUGCCACAUUCUUGAGGGUACUAGGGAGUUACCCUGCGGACACUGGCCUGCCAUGAGUGACCUCAAGUCCUGAAUACUGGUCAGGGACUUCCAUUUAGAGAGUACAAUUUCGGAAGAAAGUCAUCAAAGAAUUCGUUACAGUCUAAGAUAUGCGUACAGAGACCUGAGAUAGGUUCUACACGACGAGCCAAUGCAAAAAGAUAUUCUAUUCUUUCCAUGUAAUUACUCGAUUUUGUUUCAAUUUUUUCAUUCCCUAGUCUUUGUUUGUUGAAUUUUUGGGAAAUCUUGAGUCUGCUCCAGUCAUUUACUUAGUGAAUUGAUGCUCAGUGAUAACUGCCUGUCCCCUCUCAAGUGGUCAUUUUCUUUGUUGGAUAUAUUUGAUACGUUGGAUUUGACAUGGAGAAGUGAUAAAUUUUAUCACAUCCAUGCGUAUCUCUUUAUUCUAUCAAACAUGGAUUGAAUGUUUGA